AUGCUAGCGACGCACCAGCAAGAUCCUGACCCGAAUCUGGCCAGUAUAAACACUCAUCAGGACCCAGGUAUUAUUCCAACCAGACACAACCCUACAAACCAGUCACAAUCCCAACUACCUGCCAACCCACAACCAGACAUAACCCUACAAACCAGACACAACCCCAGCUACCUGCCAACCCACAACCAGACACAACCUACAACCAGAGACAACCCUACAAACCAGGCACAACCCUACAGACCAGUCACAAUCCCAGCUACCUGCCAACCCACAACCAGAGACAACCCUACAAACCAGACACAACCCUUCAAACCAGACACAACCCUACAAACCAAACACAACCCUACCAACCAGACACAACCCCAGCUACCUGCCAACCCACAACCAAACGAAACCCUACCAACCAGACACAACCCAAAACCAGACACAACCCUACAAACCAGAAAAAAAAACUACCAACCAGACACAACUCACAACCAAACACAACCCUACAAACCAGACACAACCCAUAACCAGACACAACCCUACAAACCAGACACAACCCCAGCUACCUGCCAACCCCCAACCAGACGAAACCCUACAAACCAGACACAACCCUACAAACCAGACACAACCCACAACCAAACACAACCCUACAAACCAGACACAACCCACAACCAGACACAACCCUACAAACCAAACACAACCCUACAAACCAAACACAACCCUAUAAACCAGACACAACCCUUCAAACCAGACACAACCCUACCAACCAGACACAACCCCAGCUACCUGCCAACCCACAACCAAACGAAACCCUACCAACCAGACACAACCCAAAACCAGACACAACCCUACAAACCAGAAAAAAAACCUACCAACCAGACACAACCCUACAAACCAAACACAACCCUACAAACCAGACACAACCCCAGCUACCUGCAAACCCCCAACCAGACGAAACCCCCACAGACAGCCUGUGUCAUGAGGGAAGAAGUUACGAGAGAUUACGAGACAAGAGGCACAGGAAAGGAGGAGGUAGUGCGGAGGAACAUUUUAGAAGGAGGCCAGUUUUCACACAGUAGGAUGCGUUACCAGCCUGUGUAA